AUGUCAACCAUUCUUGCGGGAAUGUGGUUAUGGACUCAAUACGACGCUGUACUCACAAUGAUGCGAAUGAAGGAGUACAAUCAUCCAGUUCCCCUUGAAAAGCCAACCUUUCCAACUGGUACCGUGAGCAUCCUGAUACUCACCAUUGACACACCUGACGACUUUACCAACACACUGCAAUCUUGCGUUGCCAGCCAGCCCAAGGAGAUUAUUGUUGUUACAAUCCCUCGUGAUCUUGCAAGAGUCAAAUCGUUGGCCUCGCCUGUCCUCCAAAAGUCCGGGAAUGUGCCUAUCACCAUUCUGACUGUUCCGAAGCCUGGCCGACGAACACAGAUGGCUCUUGCUGUGCGAGAAGCCACUGGUGAUGUACUGUGUUUUGUUGAUGACGAUACAGUAUGGCCCACCGAUAAUGUGUUGCCGUAUCUCCUCGCAGGUGCUUGGAUUCCGACAGAGCGACGGAACCCUGAUGCUCUCACGCCUUGGGAGGUCGCAGCUAUCCGAAAGCUAUCAAGUAACAACGAGAAGCAGAUGGUUCUCCAUGCCAGUGGUGGUGGAAUAUGGUGCUUGGUAGGUCGGACCAUGUUGCUUCGAACUGCUGCUCUAAAGCCUGGUACAUUCCUGGACGAUCUGACAAAUGAGAUCUUCGCGGGUGGGCUCCUCCAGACGGGUGAGGACAGCUUUAUAACCCGUUGGUUGCGUCGGAAUGGGUGGGAGUUAUUCCAUCAAGACGCACGCGAGGCUGAAGUCUUCACCGAGGUCAAAUGUGACUCCACGUACGUUGGCCAACUUAUUCGUUGGCGACGCAAUGGGUUCCAGGCUUUUAUCAAUCAGCUCUUUAUUGAUCCUGGGUUUCGAAGCAUCUAUAAAAAGGAUGCUUAUUUUGCUCGAAAGCUUGCUGAGGAGUUUGGACGGCCUCUCAUCACUCUUAUCCAUCUCAUUGGUUGGGGAUUAUGCAUCAUGAACUCGCCCAGAAUCGCUCUUUGUUUCGUGGUCUGGUACUUGUAUCAAAUGGCUAGUGCCUACCGAUCUUUUCUUACCUUGUUCCCUUGGGUUGGGAUAAAGAACCUCUGGGCCGCCGUCGCUAUGGACUAUUCCUAUCUAAUUCUUGACUACUAUGGUCUACUUACUGUCAGCCGAGAGGGUUGGUUGACCCGCAAUGAUAAGUGA